AGAAGAAAUGGCGGGAAAUGGGAAUGCCCUGUCAGUUUUGACACGGCGCCCGUAGCGAGAUGACGUAUGUGUCGUUGAGCACCCCACAAUAUUUGUGUUAUAAAAUCCCUUCUUAAAUUCAACGAUGGAUAUAAAAGAUAUUAUAAAGUGGUUCAUACCCUGUUUUCACGUUUUGCUACUAGCAGGUUCUAGAAAGAUGAAUUUGUGGUUGACUUUCCUUGGUUUGUUUUUACUUUUAUGUCCCAGUUACGCGGCAAAAUUAAAUAGUGCAAGUGACGUAGGUUUAAUUAAUAGCUAUUUGAAUGCCAAAGUAUUUAAUAUUAGUGAGAAUAAUUAUAAUUUAACGAGAACUAAUUAUGGGACGAAUGAGGAUAGAUCCAGCAUGCAGGAUACCUCAGUUGGUCGUACCUUCGGGCGUCCCUUCAAGAAAAUGAUCCAGGCGUUCAUACCACUAGCUUUCCAAAUGGGAGCCGCGUCUACGUGGGCGGUAGUGGCCGCUCUGGUGGGAGUUAAAACUUUGGCGGUAACGCUGUUCAUAUUGAAGCUGCUGUUGAUCGCUGGCGCUGCUAAGAUUGGCGCGCUUUUCGCGUCCAAAUCCCACCACCACUCUGGCUGGGAGUCACCACAUCAGAAGGAAAUACAUUUGCACAUACAUAACGGACAACAUGGUGAAGAACAAAUACCUAUAUCCCCCUGGAGCAGAGAAGGCCAGGGUACUGACGCGAAGAAUGUAAACGUUGUUUAUGAGCAAUAUGGCGGACCUCAAACUAUCAGUACCCCGUAUGGACAUUAUAUGAAAAUAGAACCAGUUAAUCGUGUACAAUAAUAU